AUGGAUGUUCUUUAUUCAUUGUUAGAUGUUGAUAAUCAACGACUUGACAUUAUAGCACAAGAAAAUAUGUUCACUAAUACUCUCAAUUUUGUAUUAACAACAGCAACUGAUGAUAUUUUCUCGCUUAAUGAUACAAUAGUUGAGCGAUUUUGCACAAAUAUUUUGCCAAGAAUUCAUCACAAUGUUAAAUCUCUUAUUCUUGACUCAGUAUCUAUGGAACGUAUUCUUCUUGCUGCCGAUUAUCCUAAUCUAACUGAGCUUAAACUCUUUAAUUUUAAUGAUACAAUUGUUUCAUAUUAUUUCAUAGAUCAAUCACCAUUUCAACGUAUUUUUCAACGACAAAUUACAGAUCUUAUUCUUGUAUUCGAAAAAGAUUCUGACAAAUCAGAAAAAUAUGAGAAAAUAUAUUUGUAUGAAUAUAUUUUCAAAUUCUUCAAAAAUCUAAAACAUUUAUCUAUUUUUGGAUCAUCUCCUUGUUGUUUUCCACCUUUGGUACUUCAUGAUUUUCCUUUAACUACCUUCUCCUCUUCAAUUCUUAACAAAUUGUGUAUUCGUGUGAUGACUUUUGAUGAUUGUCUUGCUUUACUUGAUGGUCGUCUCAAACAAUUAACGACCUUGAUUGUUGGUAUUAUUGAUCUGGAAUAUGAUUCAUCGAAUGUUUACAAUAUGGAUGAUUUACCUAAUUUGAAAUGUUUCUCCUUAUCAGCACAUUGUUGUUUAUCCGAUACAUAUGAUACUCAAAUUCUACCUCUCUUUCGUCGUAUGUCAAAUCUUGAAGAAUUAAAUAUCUAUAUUGGUAUCAAGAAUCGAACUGUAUUUAUCGAUGGUAUUCAUAUGAAUAAUGAAAUUCUUGUUCAUAUGCCAUGGCUUCAUAUAUUUAGCUUCAAUAUAAAUAUGAAAACUGAAAUUGAUCGUGUAGUUCAUCAUUUAUCUAAAGAUGAUAUUCAACGAACUUUUACUAACAACAUAUUUCAACAAGUGGACUGUAUUAUAAACUAUGGAUAUUCUACUGUCAUGUGUCAUGUCUUUUCAUCAUCAUUUAGAUGUUAUUAUCUCACAUAUAUUGGUUAUACAUUUCCAAAUAUUAACUAUCUUCAGACAUUAGAAGAUUUGAUGAUAUACGAUGAAGUUCCAUUCAAAGAUGAAUUUUUUUAUUAG